CCCUUUUGUGUGCACGCCCUUCGCACUCGCAGACAUGGGCGCAACCAAACCAGCCUCCAAGGGCAAAGGCUCCAAGGGCAAAUCCGGCGGCAGCUCCGGAAAAUCCUCAAAAUCCAAAUCCAAAUCCAAACCCACCGGCAGCGCGCCCGAAGGCAUAUCGAAGCGCAAACAAAAAUCACUGUCAUUGGCCAAACCGGGCGGUGCGCAAAAGACAAAAUCCAUAGUAUCCAAAGAUGGCAAAAAGAAAAAGAGGGUGUAUUCGGAGAAGGAGCUGGAUAUCCCGGCGCUGAACGGCAUCGUGCCUGCUGGCAUUGCGAAGCCAAAGGGUGUCAAGAAGGGCAAGAAGUUUGUGGAUGACCCGGUUAGCAUGAUGGCCAUCAUGUCCGUUGUCAACGCCGAGAAAGAGGGACACCUCGAGUCCAAGAUUGCCAAAGCCCGCCAACUAGAGGAGAUCCGCGAAGCAAAGAGGAAAGAAGCCGAGGCAAGGAAAGAAGACAAGGAGGCCAAGUUCGAGGAGCGAAAACAGGAUCUCAAGAAGAACAAGAAGAGGAAGCGACAUAGCGAGCCGAGUGCGAAGAGCGACGAGGGUGACAAGAUCAAGGAAAAGGAUAGGAAGUUCAAGCCUAAGAAGAGGGUCAGCUUCGGCUGAGGAUGUGGAAAGAUGUGGGACAGAUAUAGCGUACCUGGGUAUUUGAUCCGGAGAGUGCAUAUUUAGGUGAGAGAGGGAAAAGAAGAGAGUGCUACAGUGUUACCUUGAGACAGCGAUUUACGGAAGUACCAUGACAAAAGCAUAUGGACAAAGGCGUCAUAGGAGAAAGAGCCGAUCAAUCAAAGGCCAAAUCCACCUACGGUCUAUAAAAUCUAGAGAGAAAGUCUAAGAUA